AUGCUCAGUGUCCUCUCGACAAGUUGGCAGCAACAACACGGCCCUGGUCGUCGUCGCCGCUGCGGUAACGGAGCGGCUCGGGUGGCGGAGCCCGCGUUCGCGCCCGCCCGCUCUCCUCUGGAGACCCUUGCCGUCCUCCCCUCGGCUCUGCGGCCUCCCAGGGGGUAGGAGCCGGUGAGGGGAGCCGGGCGCCCCGCGAGAGAGACCCCCCCGCCGCGGGGCGGCCCGGGAGCUCGAGGCGGUCCGGCCCGCGCGGGCAGCGGCGCGGCGCCGAGGAGGGGCGGCCUGGCCCGGACGCCUUGGGGCGGGGGCCCAGGAGCGCUCCGGGCCGCCCGGGGAAGCAACUGGCCCUGCGCGUCCGCGGACAAGCAGCGGCGGGAGAGCGGACUCCCCUCGCCACCGCCCGAGCCUAGGUUAUCCUGAAUACAUGUCUAACAAUUUUCCUCGCAUCGUCAGCCAUUGUUUUUCACUGCCUCUAAAAGAUAAAAGUUGCUCCGGAAAUUGGAGACAUAUUUGAUUUAAAAGAAAAAACUUGAACAAAUGGACAAUAUGUCUAUUACGAAUACACCAACAAGUAAUGAUGCCUGUCUGAGCAUUGUGCAUAGUUUGAUGUGCCAUAGACAAGGUGGAGAGAGUGAAACAUUUGCAAAAAGAGCAAUUGAAAGUUUGGUAAAGAAGCUGAAGGAGAAAAAAGAUGAAUUGGAUUCCUUAAUAACAGCUAUAACUACAAAUGGAGCUCAUCCUAGUAAAUGUGUUACCAUACAGAGAACGUUGGAUGGAAGGCUUCAGGUGGCUGGUAGGAAAGGAUUUCCUCAUGUGAUUUAUGCUCGUCUCUGGAGGUGGCCUGAUCUUCAUAAAAAUGAACUAAAACAUGUUAAAUACUGUCAGUAUGCCUUUGACUUAAAAUGUGAUAGUGUCUGUGUGAAUCCAUAUCACUAUGAACGAGUUGUAUCACCUGGAAUUGAUCUCUCAGGAUUAACACUGCAGAAUACUGGUCCACCACCAAGUAUGUUGGUAAAGGAUGAAUAUGUUCAUGACUUUGAGGGACAGCCAUCGUUAUCCAGUGAAGGACAUUCAAUUCAAACCAUCCAGCAUCCACCAAGUAAUCGUGCAUCGACAGAGACAUAUAGCACCCCGGCUCUGUUAGCCCCAUCUGAGUCUAAUGCUACCAGCAACGCCAACUUUCCCAACAUUCCUGUGGCUUCCACAAGUCAGCCUGCUAGUAUACUAGCAGGCAGCCAUAGUGAAGGACUGUUGCAGAUAGCAUCAGGGCCUCAGCCAGGACAGCAGCAGAAUGGAUUUACUGGUCAGCCAGCUACUUACCAUCAUAACAGCACUACCACCUGGACUGGAAGUAGGACUGCACCAUACACACCUAAUUUGCCUCACCACCAAAACGGCCAUCUUCAGCACCACCCGCCUAUGCCGCCCCAUCCCGGACAUUACUGGCCAGUUCACAAUGAGCUUGCAUUCCAGCCUCCCAUUUCCAAUCAUCCUGCUCCUGAGUAUUGGUGUUCCAUUGCUUACUUUGAAAUGGAUGUUCAGGUAGGAGAGACAUUUAAGGUUCCUUCAAGCUGCCCUAUCGUUACUGUUGAUGGAUAUGUGGACCCUUCAGGAGGAGAUCGCUUUUGCUUGGGUCAACUCUCCAAUGUCCACAGGACAGAAGCCAUUGAGAGAGCAAGGUUGCACAUAGGCAAAGGUGUGCAGUUGGAAUGUAAAGGUGAAGGUGACGUUUGGGUCAGGUGCCUUAGUGACCACGCGGUCUUUGUACAGAGUUACUACUUAGACAGAGAAGCCGGGCGUGCACCUGGAGAUGCUGUUCAUAAGAUCUACCCCAGUGCAUAUAUAAAGGUCUUUGAUCUGCGUCAGUGUCAUCGACAGAUGCAGCAGCAGGCGGCCACGGCACAAGCUGCAGCAGCCGCCCAGGCCGCAGCCGUGGCAGGAAACAUCCCUGGGCCAGGAUCAGUAGGUGGAAUAGCUCCAGCCAUCAGUCUGUCAGCUGCUGCUGGAAUCGGUGUUGAUGACCUUCGUCGCUUAUGCAUACUCAGGAUGAGUUUUGUGAAAGGCUGGGGACCAGAUUACCCAAGACAGAGCAUCAAGGAGACCCCUUGCUGGAUUGAGAUUCACUUACACCGGGCCCUCCAGCUCCUAGACGAAGUACUUCACACCAUGCCAAUUGCAGACCCACAGCCUCUAGACUGAGGUCUUUUACUGCUGGGGCCCUUAACAUUAGCAGGAUGGUGGACUAUAAAAUACAAUCCUGUUUAUAAUCUGAAGAUAUAUUUCACUUUUGUUCUGCUUUAUCUUUUCAUAAAGGGUUGGAAUAUGUGUUUGCUGCCUUGCUCCUAGCAGACAGAAACUGGAUUAAAACAAUUUUUUGCCCCUAUUUAGAACUUUUCAGGCAUGGCUCAAAGCUUGAAGAUUAGGAAAAACACAUUCUUAUUAAAUCUUCACCAGUUAUGUAUGAAGGAAUCAUUCCUGUGCUGGAAAGUUUAGCCCUUUAAAACGUCUUAGAGCCUUUUAUAUGCAGAACAUUGAUAGCUGUUAUUCUACAGAAUAAAUCCAAUAUUACUGAUUUUAAAGGCAGAGAAGUUCUCAAAGUUAAUUCACCUAUGUUAUUUUGUGUGCAAGUUGUUAUUGUUAAACUUAGUUUACUCCAAAAAUAUUGUGCCAUGUGGGUGAGUUAAUUUUACCAAGAGCAACUUUACUCUGUGUUUAAAAAAUAAGAUAGUAAUGUAUUAUAACCUUUCAUCCAAGAUAUUUUUUUCAAGUUAAACUAGUGAAGAUGAUUUCACAAUUCAGAUUGUCUUGCAACUUCAGUUUUAUUUUUGCCAAGGCAAAAAACACUAAUCUGUGUGUAUAUUGAGAAUUCCUUAGAAUUACCAGACAAAGAAAUGCCAUUUAAAUUACAUUUGUUAUCCCUAAUGGAUGACUAUUUAUCAAGAAGUAUACGUUUGCCCUGUUAAACAGUAGGUGUAUUCUUCUGUAUUUCUAGGCACACUGUUGAUUACUGUGAAGCCUAGAAAAGGAAUUUCUUUUUCCUUCAUUAAUUCAUAGGGAAAGGUUUUGUAUUUUUAAAAACACUAAGAGCAGUGUCACUCUACCUAAUAUCUCACUGGUCUGCAAAGGUGGCAGUGCUUAAACUAAAUAAUGAAUAUUUUGGAAACUGCUAAAUUCUAUGUUAAAUACUGUGCAGAAUAAUGGAAACAUUACAGUUCAUAAUAGGUAGUUUGGAUAUUUUUGUACUUGAUUUGAUGUGUGACUUUUUUUUCGUAUACUGUUGAAAUCAUGUAUGUUAUGACAUUGUUUAAAAAUUCAGUUUUUGUAUCUUGGGGCAAGACUGCAAACUUUUUUAUACCUUGUGGUUAUUCUAAGCCCUUUGCCAUCAAUGAUCAUAUCAAUUGGCAGUGACUUUGUAUAGAGAAUUUCAGUAGAAAAGUUGCAGAUGUAUUGACUGUACCACAGACAUAAUAUGUAUGCUUUUUACCUAGUUAGUAGCAUAAAUAAAACUGAAUCUCAACAUGCAAAGUUGAAUUCUAGGUUUGAUUUUUAAGAUUUUUUUCUUUUGCACUUUUGAGUCCAAUCUCAGUGGUGAGACACCUUCUACUAAAUGACAGGCAACAGCCAGUUCUAUUUGGCAGCUUUGGUUUUUUUCCCUCAUGCUCUACCAGGACUUCCCCACAGACAUUAUGGAUCAUGUGUAGAGUUGGUUAUUUUUUUAAUGUUUAUUUUACCGUAGCAAAAAUAGGCCUGAUUGUCUACACAGUGAUAAAUAGGUUGUAAUAAAAUCAAGAAUUAUCUUUUAGAUGCUUUUACUUUCUGCUUGGAGGGGUUUGUAAAGCUAUAGAAACACUUGUGGUGACAGUCCUCCUUAUAUAACCUGAAAUGAACAAGUCUUCUACUGCCUUGCUCAGGUCUUUUUAGUAAGGCCAUCCUGGAAACCACUGAGUUUGCUUAUUGUUGUGAUUUGAACAUGGAUCUUGAUCCAAGCUUUGUCUUUUGUUUUCUAAGUAACUUCUUUACCAACUCAUUUGUACUCUUAAGUACUUAAAAAUACUUUUGUUACAGACCUAAUAUGCUUCUUUAAAAGUUUGGUGAUUUACGUUUUAUUGGCAGAUUUAUAAAAAGAUACCUUCUGUAGAACUUGUUGACUUUAGGUCCAUUUUACUGUGAAUGAGGAAUAGGAGUGAGAGAGUUUGAGUAACAGAUUUUUUAAAAAUCCAGAUGAUUUCAUUAAAACCUUAACCAUCCAUUGAUAUAAUCCAUUUACCUCCUUUUCUACUUUAAGGAAGGUUUUCAUGUUUAAUCAUCUGGGAAGAGUAUGUGGGAAUAUUUGCUAAGAAGUAUCUCUUCAGAACCAAGCCACCUGUCUUGGCUUCUUUCUACUAAGAGCCAUAAAAAUAUAGAAAUACUUCUAGUUAUUAAUUGCUUAUAUUUGUACCUAGAUUUAGUUACAUGCUUUUGAGAAAACAUCUACUAUGUUGAUCAGUUAUUCCUGAGAACUUUGUUGUUAAUCUGUAUUUCUGUUCCUUGGAGGUGAUCAUCUUUGAUGAGUAAGGCUAAAGAAUCUCACUGGGUUUAAACUUUUACGUCUACUUGAAGGGUAAAAUAGUUUCUGCAGUUCUCAGAAUCUGAUUAUUAUGAGGAUAUGAUUCUGGGUGGGUUUUCUCUAGCUAAUUCAUAUCUCAGAGACUCUCAAAAUGUUGAACUUCAGUGACAGCUGACUGAGAGAUGAACCACGUACAGUAUGAGACCCGUUCCACUUCUGUCCAGUGCCUUUCAGUGCAUUAUCAGAGGGAGUGCUUCAUGGUGUUGCCUUUCUUUUCCAGGGUGUAGCUUCCUUUGUGGGAUAUAGUCUAUCUUGUUUUUUAUAGUUUUACUGCCCCUGGUCUACAAAGAUAAUGAUAAUAAAUCACUGCCAUUUAACCUUGCUUUUUCCAGAAACAUGGCUCAUUUGUAUUGCCAUAACCACUAAAUGGGUUGCCUAUCCCAUUCCUCCUGUCAACAGCACAGGUUUAUAGGCUGUAUGGUUUGGCUUCAUGAUAACCAUACUUGAAACAUCCAGGUAAACUGCACACAUAUUAGCUGUGUUGUAUUUCAGAUUUAAAAUCCAUUUUUGUGGGAAAGGGUGCGGUGUAUAAAGGGAGGUAUUUGUAAUACAAAUUUUGAAGGCAAAAUAAAAUGCCCUGUCUUCCAGAUGAUAAAUAUCUUUUUAUUUUAAAAGUUUAUUGCUAAUUGUAGGAAGGUGAGUUGCAGGUAUCUUUUUGACUGUGUCUGUCUGGGGAAGGAAAAUCUUACUUCAGGAGCAAAUUGGUAAAAUGUAUCUGUGGAGGUUAAAGAACAAAAAAAAUGAGAUGUUUCUGUGCCCAGUUUGGUGGUAACCGGUUCAUAGGUACUCGCUAGCUUUUCAAUGCAAAGUCAGAUUGGUUCAGGCCCUUUUUUGAGAGCGUUUUGGGAGAAGUUUCAUUCUGAGUAGGACAUAGUUCUCUUUGUUGAUAAUUUCGAUAGUUUAAUCCCUUUGUCAUUGCCAUUUUUAUUGGCGUUGUAUUUAAUGAUGGAUUGAGAAAAAUGGUGACUGAGGUAAAUGAGUGUAUGAAAACAAUUACCUAUAAAAUCAGUUACCAACUCUUGUAGGUUGGGCACACUCAGCAUGAAGAAAUGCUUUUUUCCCCCCAAAGGUAGAACCCAUCUUGUUGUAGAUAGCUAUCUGUAAAUAAUCUCCUAAAUAAUCUCCUAAAUCUUCCUUUACAAGAUUACAGAGAAUCGGCCAUGAGAAUCUCGUGCAAGCCUUUCCUUACUUUCCCUGAUAACUAGGUAAUUUCUUUUCUACAAUAAGGAUGUACAGAGUCAGUGGCCUUAUUCAUUCAAAAAGCAGUGUCCUUGUCCCAGUGUUGCUAGGUUUCUUGUUUAUCUGGUAUCACCGUGGAAUGAAAUUUUCCACAUAAUCCAAAUUUGCCUUAUUUAAGCAGAAAACUUUUUGUUUUAGCCAUUUUUUUGAUGGAGUUAUUUAAUAUGUAUAUCAGAAUAUACUGGAUUUAAUGUUUCUUUUUUUGUUUAGCUAUCUUUGAGGCACUUCAGGGGCUUCUAAGACAGGCAGGACUGGUUUGCCUUUAUGAAAGGGUCUCAGACUGCUACGGUUUUGAAUUUUUAGUUUUUUAAACCCUCUCUCCCCCUCCUGGUCUUCUCCCUUUCUGACAGCUGCCACUUCAUAUGCGCUUGUUAGUGUGCUUCCCCUUAGGAUUUUCUUCUUCCCUUUCCCCAUUCAUUAUGUCUAACUGCUUAGGCAAGGAAACCAGAUAACCAAACUUACUCAAACUUACUUUACAACACAAGAACAAGCUCUGGGACAGGACCCAAGAUGCUUUGCUGUAAAGUGUUGAAGAGGACUUCAUUGCAUUGGCAUUUGACAUCGGUUUGACUGCUUGGAGUGCUUCCUGUUCUUGCUGAGUUUCAGGUAGUUACGCUAGAGAGAAGUGAGUCAUAUUCAUAUUUUGCCCCUUAGAGUAAUAUUUUGAAAGGUUUCAUUGCUUCCACUUGAAUGCUGCUCAUAUAAAAACUGGGGUUACAAGGGUUACUAAAUUAGCAUCGAUAGCCAGAGGUAACACUGUUGCCUAGAGGACACCAGUAAACAAACACAACCAAACAAAACAAACCUUGAGAAUCUAGAGGGUCGUUUGUUUUGUUUUGGUGUCCCCUUUUAAGCCUUCUGGCCUUCCUCGUGUACAGAUAUUUUUGACCUAUAGGUGCCUUUAUGAGAAUUGAGGGUCUGAUAUCCUGCCCCAAGGAGUAGCUAAAUAAUUGCUGAUGUUUUCAGGGAUUUUAACAUCAGACUUGAAUGAAUGAAUGAAUGAAGCUUUUUUCCUUUUUUUAAUGUGGGAAGGACUGAGGAGAAACCUUUGGUGAAGACAAUCAUUUCUCUCUAUUGCUGUGGAUACUUCUCACACAGUUUAUUUCAGAUGCUUUCUUGAUAGACCCAGGGCCACUGUUCCUGUUCAGCCUGAAACAGCCCUGGGCCGGGCCAGCCAGUUGCACUCUCUAGUUUACGCUCUGCCACUAUUUUGAUGUGUGACCUUGGGCAAGUCGCUUACCUUCUCUGGGCCUCAGUUGCCUCAUCUGUAAAAUGAGGGAGUUGGACUAGAUUAGUUAUUCCAGCUCUGAAAUUCUAAGUGACCUUGCCUGCCUUGCAGCAGUUCUGGAUUUCUUCCUUAUCUUUCUUCUGCUGUUUGAGGGGGCUUUUUACUUACUUCCAUGUUAUGCAAAUGAGACUAGGCUUAACAUUUUAUUACUGUUCUCCCGUGGACAAAAAGUUACAUAGUAUGUCCUUAAGACUUAAUUUUAACCAAAGGCCUAGCACCAUCUUAGGGGCUGCAAUAAAUACUUCACAGAAAACCCACAAAAAAUUGAAAGGGGGAAAAGCCUUUAUUUUAUUUUUCCAUCAUCUCUGGUCAAAGUUUAUUAAUAAGGCUUUCUUUGAGUCACGACAUGCCAACUUUCAAGUUGGUAUGUGUGUGACACCAUCCUCCUAAGUGCUGUGUGCUGGUAAUGGUUUUUCAACUAAACUGUAUUGAAAACUUACUGUUAAUGCCUAAUGAUUAUUAGCGGUCAUUACUUUGGGUCUUUGGUUUCUUAACUCUAGUAUGCUCAAAACAGGGGAAUUCCUCCAAACUGCAUCACUUAAAAUGGUUUAUAUGACUCAAGAAAACCAGUAGAUCAUUAUUCACUUUAUUCUUGGCUCUUCUUAGGUCUAUUUUGAUUAGAUGACUUUUGGCUGGAUCAUUCCUUUCAGAGUUCUCCUCCAGCCUACCCUUGGAUGAGUAUAAUUAAUGAACUUGACUUUUUCAAGGACCUGGGGAGCCUUCUUUGGGGCUGGGUUGAGGGUCGGGGGUUGGAGAGUCCUGGUAGAGGCCAGCUUUUGUGGUAGCUGGAGAGGAAGGGAUGAAACCAGCUGCUGUUGCUAAGGCUGCUUGUCAUUGAUAGAAGGACUCAUGGGCUUGGAUGGAUUGAAAGGCUAAACUUGGAGUUGGCAAACUUCCAAGUAUUGGGUUCUGUUCAAUACAUUGGACAUGUGAUUUAAGGGAAAGGUAUGAAUGCUUGUAGAUGAUAAAAACCUGGUGGGCUGCAGAGCUCAGUGUGAACGAAAUGACUGGGGGUUUGAGGACAGAUUUGGUGGUGGUAUUUCCCAACUCUGUUUCUUCCCCUGAAGUCAGAGGAAUGCAGCUAUGCCAAAACCCAGAGGAGAGCCACUCUUAGCUUCUGCUUUUGGAACAACUGGUCAGCUGAAGCUCCAGUAGUUCCUUUGUGGCUUUCUGUAUACUUUUGCCUGGUUGAAGUCUGUGGCUAAAAAAUAGUUGAAACUUUCUUGAGAACUCUGUAACAAAGUAUGUUUUUGAUUAAAAGAGAAAGCCAACUAAA